CCCACCUGUCUUGGAACAAGAACAGUGUCACGUUCCGGGAUUUGUGGAUGCCACUCUGCUUCCUUUUUCCCUUUCUCCCUCACUUCAAAAGCACAGGAGUGGGGUGACAGGCGAGGGGAGGGGAGCCCCAUUGUUUAUGGGCCCUUUCAGCUGAACACAGAGGUGAAAGGAAGAAGAAGAGACCAGGACAAUAGGGUCCCAUUGCCUCUCCAGAACAAGAGGGAUGCAUCGCCGAAAAAAAAGAUAGACCGGUCAGAGCACAUAUAGACCUGCAGGGCUCUCCUCAGACAACCUCAGCACUGAGUGAAUGAGGCAAUCAAUCAUGUUGGUUGCAGCUCCCUUGGAAUAAAUGGCCUGCAGCCUCGAUGCAGACUGCAGAUUGUUUCCAAAAAUGAUGUGUCCUGACGCUGGAGUGGUCCCUUCAGGGUAGCGCACGAGCACGAGGUGUUACUUACCAGGCAAACAGCUUCCUCACAUCUCAUUCCACUGCUGCUGCGGUUCAAUGGAAAGAUAGGUACUCUUUUUUUCCCCCCCCACUCCAAUAAGGGGAUGAAGCUCAAUUAGCAUUUCACAAGUCCCCCUUUCCUCCUCCAUUGCAACCUUCCCCGCGGAGCCCAUGCUUUCUCUGGGGAUUGUCCUGUUUUGGGCCCUUGUUACCGUUGGCAGGGUGACAGUAUUCGAGUGUGCAAACUUGUGCUAUUGUCCGCGGGCCAGAGGGAGCCAUGGAGACCCCAUAAUAUGACACAGGAAAAUGUUUGCUGAUGGCAAUUCUAUGGGCUUUGUCCGACUCUUUCUCCUUCAUGACGACUCGAUUUAAGUCUCUAAAUGUUUGACUACAAAUGCAGGAGUGCUAUCCAGCUCCUUUCCCUUUGUCCCGCGAGGUUUGAAUGAGUAAUUCAGCCUUUGUGUCGCUCGAUUGAGGGGGCAAACAGAAAGACAAGAUUCUUGAGCGUUCAAGCCCCUUUCCAUGGUUAUGCACUCUUUAGAUCCCCCCCCACCCCUUGCUGACCAAAUCCUACAUCUGACAUCACUCUUGGGGAAGGUAUCGGGGUAUCUAUGUUUAAGGCUAAACUUUGAUUGCGCUAAAAUAAAGUCAGGAUGCACGAUUAUUUCAUUAUUAUUUCCCUCAUUUUUACCCAUGCACACACACACUUUUAGGGGAAGUUCAUCCGACGCGCGAAAAUCACUGUGUAGGAGAAAUAUCGCAUCCCUUCACGGGCUUUUUUCCAGGGUCUCCAUGACAACAAUUUGCAAUGGUGAAGAAUUGGAUACCAGGGGGCUUGGAGGCUGAUUGGGUGCAUUGUGAGGGGCUUGGGGUCGCUGAUUGGUUCAAGGAAAGCACCAUAACUACAAGGAGUUUAUAUUAAUUCAACUUGUUGAAGUGCUCAGCCUGGAGGGAAGUCUGCGCUUGGAUAGUGGCUUCGAGUGAGCCUCGGGCCAUCCGGCAGUGAUCUUGAUGUUGGCCUCCACGCUCCAUCAUGGACUGAUUUGAUCCCAGGUCUCCGCAGAUAUGGCGGCGCACGCAGACAGUGAAGUCAAGACGUUGCUGAAUUUUGUGAAUUUGGCCUCCAGCGACAUCAAAGCGGCCCUGGACAAGUCGGCUCCGUGCAGACGCUCCGUGGACCACAGGAAAUAUCUGCAGAAACAACUGAAGCGAUUCUCCCAGAAGUACUCGCGGGUGCCGCGAUGCCACACGCACAGGUCUGCGGACUAUGGGUACACCAAACCGGUGGGGACCGCUCAGCUGAGCGUGGACGUCACGGAGAAGGCCGCGUCGGAUGCGCCGCGCGCGGAGAACGUGGGCAGCGCCGUGGAGCAGGUGCCUAUGCGGAAACGGCAACUACCGGCCUCGUUUUGGGAGGAACCCAAAUUGACCCCAACUGAGAGGGAGCACUCGCACACGGGAUUAAAAAGGAACCACGCGGGCACUUCCGAGGGAAGCGAAAGUGAAAAGAGGAAACGGAGCUGCGAUAAGGAUGACGCAAAGGCCGCUCUGUCGGCGUCCAGUUGGCGCGGCGCAGCGGACAGAGAGACGCUCAAGUCGGACACGACCUCUCGCCACUGUGCGAACGUGUGCGGCUGCUGCCCCUUCCAGUACCACGGACACCAGGUUCUCCACAGUCACAUCGUUGUGCCGCAUCCGCAGCCGGGACCGUGGAGCAAAGCGGCAGAGGCGGAGAGACCUGCGCAUCCCUACGGACCGAAAAUCCACACGCAUGUUGUGGUCAAACCCAUAGCGACCAAACCCAGCGUCCAUUCGCCGAUCUUCAGCGUGUUUGGAUUCAUUUAAUUACCCCGGAGCACCCACACAGGCCACGCGCCAAUAGGACUAAUUGUCUUCAUGUUGAGUUCUACGUCUCAUAACAUUUAAUUGAGACACUUCCACGAGCACUUAUUGGAAAAGUAAUCUAUUUGUGUUGUUUAGAUCUAAGGGACUAUUUCGCACUUGCAGAAUAUCGUCCUUGUGUGAUGCGUUCUAAAUAUCUGAAAAGUGACAUCCAUUUGAAAGGUUUCUACUUUUAGGUUUCUGCAGAGGAUGACUGCUCGUUUCUUUUCAGCACUAAAAGUCAUGCAAAUGAAUGAGCACAUCCCGUUUUAGUUUUGUCUUUCAACUAUGGAAAUAGAAUGUGGGACACCUUUUUUCAUUGUCAAAGUAUUGUAUGAUAGAAGGGCACAUUUGAAACCGUGACUUUUAUUUUUAAAUAAAUGACUCAACUUCC